GGCCAUACAUUGUCGCUGCGGUGGUUGCUGCGCCGGAAGUUGUGAAACUCCUGGCCUCGUUGCUGCAGCGAUCACGAAUUGGCAGUCCUGUCCCUGAGGAGCUGGCUGGCAUCUAUGACCAGGAAGAGAACGAAACCUCCUUGAGUUAUACCCUCGCCAAGAGCACCUUUGGUCUUUGGCAUACACUGGUCAAAAUGGUGAUCUUCUUCGGUUUCUGGCUGCUUGGAGGCUUUCCUGCUAUCGACCGCGUUUGCCUUCAGCUCCACCUCUCAGAGAUUUUGACAGGGGUAGUCUACAUUCUGUUGUUGAUGGUGUUGGAUCAGGCGGUUGAUAUUCCUUGGGACAUUUACCACACGUUUGUGCUGGAGGAGAAGUUUGGUUUCAAUAAGACGACUGUAGCCACAUUCAUUCGAGAUCGGGUCAAGGCAGCGGUGCUGGGUGUGCUUCUUGGAGUCCCUGUGCUGGCAGUGGUUCUUUGGUUUUUGGGCAGCUUCGGAACUGGCGCCUGGCUUUGGGUUUUCGUUUUUAUCUCUUCAGUCCAGGUCAUUUUGCUCUUUCUGAUGCCGGUCCUUAUUCUGCCCCUCUUCAUGGAAAUGAUUCCAUUACCAGAUGGGCAAGCGAUUAUCACAGAGGAAGCAGGUGAAGAUGGCAAAGUUCUUCCGCCGUUUCUCUCUGGAAGGGUUUUCUACGCGACCAACGGCGGCACUUAUGCUACUCGGGAUCGUCGUUUCCCAGGGGCAACCGUUGGAGAUCAGCUCGAGAUGGUGCAACGCGAUGGUUCUUGGGUCAUUGCUGCUUCUGAUUCCCAGCCCGCAUCUGCCGCAAUCCAUGCCAAGUCUGGCUUUGAAGGGCAGCUGAAUGCCGGAGCUCGACUCACCUUUAAGCUGUCAGAGGAGAUCAAGCAGUUGGCCCAAGAAGGCCAGGCUUCUGCUGAUCCUUUGGUGCCUCGAGGACCAGCCGAUUCGGUUACCGCUGUGUGCGUUGAUGCAGGCUUGCUAAGAAGUUCUUUGCUGAAGCUGGCCAAUCAACUGGGGUACUACGGCGCCAACAUCUAUGUCAUCGAUGGCUCUGCUCGCAGCUCUCACAGCAAUGCCUUCUGCACAGGCUUUGGGCGCUUUCGGCGAAUUUGUCUUUUCGACACACUGCUUCCACUCAUGAGCGAGGGAGAGAUCCUGGCUGUUUUGGGACACGAAAUUGGCCACGAUCGGCUGUACCAUGUCCACACUAUGUUGGUGAUGAGCCUGGCAUAUUUCUUUGUGAUGAUGUAUGCCCUGGGCCACUUCCUCGCGUCCCCAGCAUUGAGUGCAGCAUUCUUCAGUGAACCCAAAGUCUAUCUCAGCGUGGUCUUCUUCACCAUCAUUUGGGAACCUGUUGACUUUCCGAUGUCGGUGUUGAUGAAGAUAUUUUCGCGCUUCAAUGAAUACCAAGCUGAUCGGUACAGUGUUGCUGCAAAUCGACAGUACGGGCGUUUCCUUGGCGAUGCUCUGAAGAAGAUGAUGCGGAAGAGCAAGGACGCCUCAUCCAUUCCACGUCUUCUUGAACAAUUCGCACCCUCCGCUCGAUGAUCGCCUAAAAGCCAUCCGUGACUAUUACGGGAAGUACUACAACGAGAGAAUGUGAGCUUGUUGGUCCAACCAAGGCG